UAUUCUACAAUACGUUGGUGUCCAACACUGUUCACUAUAUCCACUAUAGCCCAGUUAGCAUGAUAUCGCAUCAUGUUACACACCGUGUCACAGUUGAUGAUACAAAAAAAAAAAAGACAAAAAAAAAAGUGAAUUAUUAGUAACGUGAUUUUAAAAAUAAAUUUUAAUAUUAAAAAAAAAAACAUAUAAAUACAUAAAGUUUAGUAAAAAAAAGGUUGAUUUUUUUGAAAUUAUUUACAGUGUGUUAUGUGGUUUAAAAAAAUAUUUAAAAAUAUGGGAAAAACGGUUAGUAAAUUUCGACAGCCAAUGAAAUCAAAAUCAAUGAUUAAUAUAAAGAUUGGCGAAACGGUGGAGGUGAAUGAGGAAAUCAAAGAACAGGACAUUGACCACGAUUACGCUGAGUGCGCACCACGUAAAUUAAAUAUAUCAUCUGUAAAAAAAAUAAACAAACUAAACAAUAACACUGAAAAUAUAAAUAAAACAUCAAAUUAUUCAAUGGAGCAACAACAACAACCAGAAGAAUCAGUGAGAAGAUUACUUGAACGUGAGUUAAGAUUACUUGAUCCCCGUGAUUUACGUUCACAUGCAUGGUAUCAUGGAAGUACACUACGUGGUGGAAGAAAAGGUGCUGAAAUUGAAGUACCAAAUGACGGUGAUUUUUUAGUUCGUGAUUGUGCCUCACAACCAGGCAAUUAUGUACUAACUGUACGAUGGAAAGGACAACCACUUCAUUUUGUAAUUAAUAGGGUUGUUCUACAACCAGAAACAGUUUAUGAACGUGCACAAUAUCAAUUCGAGGACGAGGCCUUCGAUACGGUCGCUGACCUGAUAACCUUCUAUGUUGGUAGUGGAAGACCAAUAAGCCAAGCAAGCGGUGCACGUAUUAUCAGUCCAAAGCCAAGAACAGUGCCGCUCACCUGUGUUGCACCAUCAACCAAUCAACAUUGUUCAAGUCCAUCAUCUUUAUCUCUCUCUGCUGGAUCACCUCCACGUUUACCAAGAAAACAACAACGUAGCCAUUCACUAACUCCACAACAACAACAUAAUAUUGAUCAUGAGACACAACAUGGAAAAUUUCAUCAACAACAAUUAAAUAAUAAUAAUAAUAAUAUACAAUCAAGUACAUUACCAAGAGUACCAUCAAUACAAAAUCAAUUACCAGCAAGUUCAUUAUCAUUGGGACGUCAAAAAAUAACAAGGGUAAUAUCGGAUUCUGCAUUACAACAACAACAAAAUAAUUUAAAUCAUCAGCUCAGUACAGCACCUCCUAAACCACCUAGAAUACCUUACAUACAUAAUCAACAGCAUCCUCCACAUUUUCAUCAUCAUCCACAUAAUCAUUCGCAUCAUCAUCCGCAUCAUCAUCAUCAGGCUUAUCAAGCAUCUGGUAGUGACAGUGGUAAUGGUUCUGGUGACAGUGAAUUUGAAACAAAUAAUUCUGGUGGUAAUAAUAAUUUACCAAUGCCAAUAAAAGGUGUUGUUAUUAGAAGUCAUUAUAAUCAAUUAAAUGACGGACAAAAUGGUAAUGGUAAUGAAUAUGAGCUAUCAGCUGAAGAACAACUUGUUAUUGCAGCACCGUCAUUUGAAAUAACAACGCUACUUGAUAUUGAAGGUUUUACAACAUUAUUAUUACCAACUGGUGAACAUCGUCCACUAGAUCCAACAGCAUUGAGAGGUGUUGCUGGUAUGUUACAUGAUUCAGCACCACGUGUUAUUGCAUCACAUUUAACACGUUUAGAUCUUGAAUUAGUAUUGCAGCCUGGUAUUGGUAGUAGAUAUGGUUUAAGUGGUUUAGAAUUAGCAACAUUACCACAUGGUCAUCAAGCAAGACUUGAUCUUAUUGAAAGAUCAGAAUGUAUUAAAUUAUUAGUUGCUGUAACUGUACUUGCUGGUGCAACAGCAAUUGAACGUGCAGCAACAAUAAGUAAAUGGAUUAAAAUUGCAAUUGAUACUAAAACAGCACUUGGUAAUUUAUAUGGUUUUUGUGGUGUUAUGCUUGGUCUUUGUUUACCACAAAUUCAAAAAUUAUCAAAUACAUGGCAUUUACUUAGACAAAAACAUACUGAUGAAGCAUUUAAUUUUGAAGCUAAAUUAAGACCAACAUUAAGAGCAAUGAAUGAAUGUACAAAUCCACAAGCACCAAAUACAACACUACCACAUUUAUUACCAAUUGCAUUACUUGGUGAAAGAGGAGCUGAAGAUAUUAUGGGAACUGUUACACAAUCUGGUCUUGCUGGUGCAAUACUUUCACCAUGGGAAAGUUCAGCAUCUGAUUGUGGUCUAUCAAUAGUAUGGGCACAUCUUGAAGCAGCUAGAAAAUUAGCUGGUAGCCUUCCAUUAUAUCGUAGAAAUGCAGAAAUUGCAUUGGAAGGAAGUCGAAGUGAUGAAUUAUUAACUGAUGCAUUUCGUACGGAAUUUCAUAUAAAAUUUUUAUGGGGAAGUCGAGGUACAUCAGUUGCAUCAGAAGAACGUCAUCUUAAAUUUACCCAAGUACUAGAGGCCAUGUAUGAUAAAUGUGUAUCUAGCGAAGCUGCUGCAUAACAAAGUCACAACUAGUCUCAAUAAAUUAAUAAUAAUAAUUGUGUCAUAGAUCAAAAAUAAUAAUAUUAAAUAUUAAAAUGAAGAGAAAUAAUCAUUGAAAAAAAUCAUAAGCGUAAUAAUGAAAAUCAAAAUAAUAUAAAUGAACCCCUUAAAAUUUUCAUUAAAGUAUUUAGAACAGAAAAAAAAUAAAUAAAGCAAUGUCAUUCCCCAAAAUAGAAAUGCUAUAUAGAAAAAAUAUCCCUACUUGACAAUAUACAACAAGCAAUUUAAGCGGAUCCAAAGAUAAUGUAGUGAUCACGCAAUUUAUAUUCAGGCUGUCAUUAUAUUAACAUGUACUUAAUUAGUUGUAUAUUCGAUCACUUGUAUACUGUACAUGUUGUUUAUGUUUUUGUAUAAGUAUAUAAUAUAACGAAAGAAAAAUAA